UCAUUCGUAGCACAGCAAACAAGCGUAGAAAAACCGAGACCAUUUGAAGAUUUCAAAACCAAAUUUUAUUUCACUUGAAAAAUACGUAAAUUUAAAAAAACUAACAAUGUCUUAUACUACACUCGUAAACUCCUGCACUGCGGCUGAGCAAAGCAUCUCCAAGCCACACUAUACACCACGUAAGGCACUGCGGAAGGCUUACAAACUGCUGCGUCGCUUCUUCCACCCCUCUACGUCGGGCAAGGUAAUCAUCACCACCGAGAAGCAAAUCGACGAAGAAUUGUCGCCAAAAGUAUCGGAGUUGUGUCGCAAAACCGACCUCAGCAUGCGCACCAAUUGCUCCGCACUCAGCGCCGAAGAGUAUGAGAAUCAGCUGAAUGAGUUAGCCGAGUUGGAGGCCGCCAUCAAGUCGAUCACCGCUGAGUAACGGUAAUGCAAUCGCUAUACUGACAGAUUGUUUUAAAUGGAUGUUGGACACAUCCGACUGGCAAGCCGCUAGUGCCUUAAAGGACCUGGUUCGUCCUUAAACCGCGCCACCUGACUUUCAACGCUUUAUAUUAACGGAGCUUUAAUAGUUUAUAAAUAUACAUUGCCAAGCGUUUGUGCGUUUGUGAUGCAGUUGAACUGCCAGCAAAUUAUCGUCGAUGCAAUUUUGUGCCCUUAAUCGUCCUGCGUGCGAGUUUCAUCCUCUAUUGGGCGUGAACCAAGCGUGGGCUGGCCUACUGCGUAAGCGUUGGCGAUGUGCAGCUUUAAUUUUAAACUUUUAAUUUUAAUCAUGUGUCUUCCAAUUAGUUUAUGUUCAAAAUUGAUCGAAUGUCUUCCAUUUAGCUUUUAAGUAAUUAGAUUUGUACUUUUAAGAGGAAUAAUAAAAUGUCUUGCCAACAAAAGAAAUAUUUUUUACUUUUCUUUGCUCAGUUUGUUUCGAGAAUAUUUUUUUGUUUUCGCGUUGGUACUUAUAGUCAAUUUGUUUUUGUAAAUUCAAAUUUCCAUACACUUGUCAUAAGCCUUGGCUGGACACUGGGGGCCUUCAGUGCUUUCAGGGAAUUUACCUUUUCUUUAUUUGUCCUGUACUAUUGUAAUGUUAAUAAAUAACUAAUGA